UCAACACGGACUUAAGUAUGUGACGUACCAGUAAGCUGUCAAAAAUCUAAACUUAAAAAUGCAAUUCUUGCAUAAUUUUGUACAUUUGUGACACACUAGAGGAAGAUCGAUUACCAGGAAUAAAUGUUUCGCAUACUCCCUUCAAUCAUCCUCGUAUAUCACUCAUUUCCAAAAGUGUAUUAUUAAAAAUCGCUUGUUUUUGUUUGUGGUUGAUUGAGUAAGGAUGGAGAAAUUUGAGGUUUACGUCUUCACAGCUCUGUGCAGCAUUAACUUUCUCAUAUCCUGUCUUCUGUUUUCCAAAAUCACACGGGAACAGAGAGAUCCUUACAUGGAUGAGAUAUUUCAUGUUCCUCAAGCCCAGAAGUACUGUGAGGGGAAGUUUAAUGAGUGGGAUCCUAUGAUCACCACUCUUCCUGGGUUGUAUCUGGCAUCAGUGGGUCUGAUCAGGCCGGUGGUGUGGCUAGCGGAUCUGAAGGGCAGUGUGGUCUGCUCCACUGCCAUGCUGAGAUUCAUCAAUCUACUCUUUAAUAGUGGGAAUCUCUACAUAAUCUAUCUGAUCAUCUGCAGACUGCACAUGAAAGAUAAGUCCCGUUCUGCCACUCGUAGAAUAUUCUCAGCCCUGGUUCUGUCCACGUUCCCAGUGCUGUACUUCUUCACGUUCCUGUAUUACACUGAUGCUGGCUCCACAUUCUUCACCCUCUUCAUGUACCUCAUGACACUGUAUGGAAGCCACAAAGCAGCCAUGCUUCUUGGUGUCUGUGCUGUCCUCUUCCGCCAGACCAAUAUCAUCUGGGUAGUGUUCUGUGCUGGCACUGUGGUGGCUCAAAAAAUGGACGAGAGCUGGCGGACUGAACAGUCAAAGAAGCGUGAUGACAAGUCACCCUUUCACGUCCCUCUAACCAUCAAUGGGACAAUGAGAGUGAUGCGUUUCCUGUUGGAAUUCUUCAAAACGCCCAACAAUAUAAAAGCUGUAGUCUUGUCAACGUGGCCAUAUAUUGCUGCAGCUGUUCUUUUCACAGUGUUCGUUGUGUUGAACGAUGGAAUUGUGGUUGGAGAUCGUAGUAGUCAUGAAGCAUGUCUGAACUUUCCUCAGAUUUUCUACUUCCUGUCAUUUACUCUUCUAUUGUCUCUUCCUACCUCGCUGAGUUACCAAAGGGGAGUCAGGUUUCUACAAUCUUUAAGAAAGCAGCCCUUAAUUUAUGCUCUAUUGAUGACGUUCUUCCUGUUUUUGGUCUGGAAAUUCACAUUUGUUCACAAAUACCUGCUUGCGGACAAUAGACACUUUCCAUUUUACGUUUGGAAAAGGAUUUUCCAGAGACAUGAGUUUGUCCGUUUCCUGUUGGUCCCUGGAUAUGUGUUUGCAGCAUGGAACUUCCUAGAUACUUUGAGGUCCAAAUCGUUGUUCUGGUUUCUGUUUUUCUCUUUGUGUUUGGUGGCAGCCACUGUCCCGCAGAAACUCCUGGAGUUCCGAUAUUUUAUCCUUCCAUAUCUGUUAUAUCGCGUCCACAUCCCUGUUCCGUCUUUACCCAGACUGCUGCUUGAGUUUGGCCUCUACACCGCAGUUAAUGCUGCCACAGUUUAUAUAUUCAUCAAUAAAACAUUUCAGUGGCCUGACAGUAUGGCUGCACAGAGAUUCAUGUGGUGACUUGACUGAUUUGUUAUUUUCACAUUUCUUACACUUAAAGGAGAUUUAACUCAUUUGCUAUUAUUUUCACAAGAGUUGAGUAUAGAUUUAGGCUGAUUAUACUUGUGACUGUUGUUCAUUGUGUCAUUUUAUGCGUUCCCUUUUCCAGUGGCUUAUUGUCUUUGUUUUUUGUUUUUUUUGGUAAACAUUUGAAUGUAAAUUUCUCAUUGUAAUUUGUUUGUAUCAGUGUUUUUCAGAUUCUUAUUGAUCUUUUACAUUUUUAUUGGUCUUUCCUCUCAUUAUUUCUUUGUGAUAGCACAUUUGUUUUGAUACAUGGACGAGACUGAAUACAUUCAUGAAUUAUCUCCAUAAUGUCAAGUGUUUAAUAAGAAUUUCUAGUUUCCCAGAACGGUGUAAUUCAGUAAAAGCUGCAGUUGACUUGAACAUUCUAAAUUUCAAGCCUGUUUUUUUUUUCUUUCCUGGAAAUGAGUGCUAGAGAGUAUUUAUGCAUAUUCUCACCCUCAGAUCAUGUUGAGAAGCUGCUCAUGAGCCAACAAAUCAUGGUCAUUGUCUUCAUGUUCACCUGAAAACUGCAGGAGUAGCACAGCUGGAUUAAAAAAGACAACAAGAAUGCUGAAAUUAAUAUUUCAAACUUUGACUGCAUUUCAAGAACUUCUGACAUGCAAAUAAAUCGAAACUCUUUGUUUCCUUUUCUUUGAAAUGAAAACUGGAGAUGCAGGACUAGUUCAAAUAUUUGUUAUGAGAGGUAAACAAGUUAGAACUGAAGUUCCUUAUAAGGUUGUCACUAUUAACCUAUGAGUUGAACACAACUGUAAAUUUAACUUGUAAAUUCACUAUCGAUGCCCUUCAUCCAGAUGUGUCUCAUACUCAUGAAAACAUGGAGAGAUGUUUUACUUCCAUAAAACCAGAUGAACGUUUAGUGCUAGUUUACCAACAUCAAAGAAAAAAUAAAACAAAGCAUAGCUUUUUAGAUACACAGUUUUAUGGUUCACUAGCUUAUACAGUUCGCUGAGUACUGGUUCAUCAAUUCAUGUUUGUCUAAAAUUAUCAUUCAGAAUUUAAGGUAUUUGUUGAAUAAACAAUCAAAUGGGACUGAAACAGA